AUGAGUGCAGCGGAUAUUGCCACCGAGUUUGCUUCAGUGGUCGAGAGCGGCCCGGGGUCAGACAACCGGGACGAGUCACAGGCUCAACAGUUCAAAAAGCUCACGCAAAAGUAUUUUGAGGUAUUGGAGGGCGAUACUGACAACACAGAAGACCCACUGAGAAAGGGCCGGGCCAGGUACUGGAAAGUCGAGAGCAACACAUGGGACCUCAUGGAGCGGUUGAGCACAGCACAGCAGAGCGCAGCCGACCAGGACGCAAAUAUGGUGGACGACACGAUGGUGGCAGCAGAGUCGAUUGCUACCACGGACUUUGUGCGGGUGCAGGAUGUAAUGGGUGACAGCAGCAGUGCUACUGCAGAGACAGCGGUGCCGUUUGAGCCGGUAGAGACACGGCGCGGCUACCUAUUCUAUACACGCAAGAACAUUCGCAAUCAGCGGGCUGAGGACUCAUCGGCAGGCAGCACGUCUGGCGGUGCAGUGACCGAAAUCGAUCCGGAUGCGCCGACACGGCAAAAGAGGACCCUGGCGGCGGAGGACGGCGAGUACGAGGACAGCCUGCUGCGCUCGCUGUACGAGUUUGUGCGGCGUGGGCGGCUCGACGAUGCACUGAAUCUGUGUGUCGAAAGCGACGAGCCAUGGCGUGCAGCUAGUAUGCGGGGUGGGUUGUUUUGGCGCGAUCCAAGGCUCGAGGUUGAAGACAAAAUUGGCGACGGGGACAUGCAGCCGCGGGACACUGCGGGAAACGUGAACCGGGCGCUGUGGAAGCAGACAUGUGCGGCGCUGGCACAGGACGAGGACAACAAGCUAUAUGACCGUGCCUUGUAUGCGGCGCUCAGCGGGCGGCUGGAUGAGGUCCUGCUGGUUUCCAAGUCGUGGGAGGAUAUAGUGUGGGCGUACGUCAAUGCUAUGAUCGAGGAACGUGUGGACAAGGACGUGGUGCGGGAGAACUCGCUGUAUAUCCCGGCCGAAACCAUGUCGCUGGGGCAUAUCCAAAGCAAGUAUCCGCCAGUGGACGGACUGAAGCAGGUCUUUGAAGCGAUGCGCUCGCACGAGUCCGAUGCUGUCAAGAAGGAGACAGAGACGCCGUUCCACAGACUGCAGACAGCGAUUAUUCUUGAUGGAAACUGCGUUCGGAUGCACUGUCCUGAAGACGAGGGCGACUUGCUUCGGUUCGUUGUCCAUGCUGCACUGUACAUGCGGCAAGUAGGCUUUGACUUGCCUUCUGACGCGGUGGAGACACACCGCGAACUAGUGGCCCUAUAUACAUCUCAGCUGCCAGCAGAGAAGCAGACCGAGGUGUAUGCCGAGUUCCUGCAGAAAGUGAACGACCCGCUGCCUGUGCGCUUCCAGCUCCUGCAGUUGGCCGAGAAGCACAGGCUCGACUGGCACGCAAUCGCAAAGCGUGCAUCAUAUCUGGCGUUGCUCCAGCACGACGAGCUCGAGCAAGUGCGUGCAAUCGAGUGGGUCACAAGCGACCCGCGGCUGUACGACUAUGCAUUGGCGCAGGUGUGCAAGCUGGCAAGGCGGUUCAUGCUGCGUGGGCGGACGAACGCCGCAGCGCGGCUGUUCAACUCGCUUCCUAGCGGAUUUGUGCAGCAGGAGUGGAUUGACAAGUCGGAUGUCAUGGAUUCGCCGACCAAGCCCAGCCAGGCCGAGACAGCAUCGUGCUUCCUCGAGUACAUCCACAUUCUGGCCAUGUGCGACUCGCUGGCGUUCUACUCGGGCUGGGCAGAGCUCAUGUGCCAGCAGCCUAUGGUGCCCAAGGACCGCAGCCGUGCGGCCGCGCACGUGCAGGCGCAGUGGAUUGAGUGGCGGGACGAGGCGCAGUGGAUUGAGUGGCGGGACGAGGUGGUGCCCAAGACAGCCGAGGCCACUCGCAUGUUCCAGGACAAGAUUCUGGGCGUCGGCUGGCUGACCGAGCCGUCAUUGCAGGUCGAUGUUUCUGCAACUGGGCGUCAGGACGUGCAGCGGCAGGUGCGUGCGACCGAGCUGGCGCUGCUGCGCGCGCUGUAUGUGCCCGAGGUUGUGUUCCGACUGCACGCGGUUCUGUAUGAUUCGCGUGUAGCAGUGCCGGAAAACUUGGAGCGCAGCUUGGAGCUGGCGCAGGUGGUGGCCGAGGAAGGCGAGGGCAUAUACCGCGAGAUGGCUAGGGCGUCGGCGGCGUAUCCGAAGGGGCGGCUGGCGGCAUUCAUGGGGUUGAUGCGCAAGUCGGCAUUUGAGAUGUUGCAGUCCAAGCAGGAGUCGCAGGAGGCGAUGCCGGUGCUGCUGGGAGAACCGGCUGGUUUAUAG